AUGUCGUCUACUCGAACAAAGAUUGGCCAUGGCCUUGCCUGGUUCUUCAAUCUGAACCUCGAUCCUUAUGGCCAACGCGAAGCUGAGCUUAACGACUCUAGGAACGCGUCUCAAUCUCAUCCUGAUGUCGAGCCCUACGAUGAAAAGGAUCCGACUGCGAUCAGCUGGAUCGUGAGUAUUACGCCGACACCCCGAGGAAUCUUCCAAUACUUCUACCGUCUAUUCCCAUUUCUGCAUUGGAUUACUAGAUAUAAUCUAACAUGGUUUAUCGGCGAUCUGAUUGCCGGCGUCACUGUCGGAGCUGUAGUCGUGCCUCAGGGCAUGGCUUACGCCCUAUUGGCCGAGCUUGAACCUCAGUAUGGUCUCUAUUCGUCCUUUAUGGGUGUACUUCUCUAUUGGUUUUUCGCUACCUCGAAGGACAUCACGAUAGGACCCGUUGCGGUUAUGUCGACUGUUACUGGUGGGAUUGUCAAUAGAGCAGAAGCAGCUAUCCCCGAUAUUCCGGGACACGUCGUAGCGUCUUCCCUCGCUGUAAUUGUUGGCGCCAUUGUGUGUUUCUUAGGUCUGGCUAGACUUGGUUGGAUUGUUGAUCUCAUCCCUCUGCCUUCGAUCGCGGCAUUCAUGACCGGGUCCGGAAUCAGUAUCGCAGUCGGACAAAUUCCUACCAUGAUGGGCAUGAACUCCAAAAAGAAGAGAUUCUCGACGCGAGAUGCUACAUACUUGGUCAUCAUUAAUACCCUAAAGAAUCUCAAGUAUACCACGAUUGAUGCGGCCAUGGGACUCACCGCUUUGCUCAUGCUAUACAUCAUAAGGGGGACUUGCACGUUCUUGGCCAAGAAGUACCCUCACCGAGAGAAGACCCUCUUCUUCAUCAAUACCCUUCGAACAGCUUUUGUUAUAUUGCUGUACACUGGUAUCAGUGCUGGCGUCAACGUAUAUCGCCGGACCCACCCUCUUUUCAGUGUCCUCGGUGAGGUUCCGCGAGGGUUCCAACACGCCGGUGUUCCUAACCUCGACCCAAAAAUCCUUUCCUUCUUUACCUCCGAGCUUCCCGCGGCCGUCAUCGUUGUCCUGAUUGAACAUAUAUCUAUUUCGAAAUCAUUUGGCCGUGUCAAUAACUAUGUUAUCGACCCAUCUCAGGAACUAGUCGCAAUAGGUGUUAGCAAUCUUUUAGGACCAUUCCUUGGAGCGUAUCCGGCUACCGGGUCUUUCUCUCGUACCGCCAUCAAAGCGAAAUCCGGCGUUCGUACACCAUUUGCUGGUGUAAUUACGGCAAUCGUUGUGCUCCUCGCCAUAUACGCGCUAACAGCUGUCUUCUGGUACAUUCCUCAGGCCUCUCUCGCUGCUGUCAUUAUUCAUGCUGUUUUGGAUGUCGUUUCCCCACCGAACGUGGUGUACCAGUUUUGGAGAGUAUCCCCACUAGAAGUUAUUAUUUUCUUCGCCGGUGUCCUGGUGACUCUCUUCGAUACUAUUGAGGAUGGUAUCUAUACGACUGUAUGCAUAUCGUUCGCUGUUUUCAUUUUCCGCAUGUUCCAGGCGAAGGGUCGCUUCCUUGGAAUCGCAAAGGUCCGUACAGUUGGGGAUUUGAGGUCCAGCAGGCGUACCAGCCAAAGUUCUCACGGUCAGAAGACCACCUCUAUUGUUCGCCAAGGCGAAAUCUCCAGCGAGCGCAACUUGUUCAUCCCAAUCGACCAUGAUGAUAAUUCUAACCCUCGGGUAUCCGUCGAGCAUCCAUAUCCUGGAGUGUUUAUCUACCAAUUCUCGGAACUGUUUAAUUACCCAAAUGCGACUCGUUUCUUGGACGGUCUCACGGCUGGGAUUUUUAAACAAACACGGAGAACCGACCCCGGGUCUCUCGGAAAAUUAGGCGACCGUCCUUGGAACAACCCUGGUCCGCGAAAGGGCAAGGUUGUCGUCGAUGACACAGAAGAGCGACCUACUCUCAGAGCAAUCAUUUUAGAUUGUUCUGCUGUGAAUAACGUCGAUGUAACUUCCGUGCAAGCCUUGAUAGAUGUUCGCAACCAGUUGGAUAGAUACGCUCAACCUGACAUAGUUGAGUGGCACUUUGCCAACGUUAGGAAUCGCUGGACUCGCCGCGCCCUAACAGCCGCUGGAUUCGGAUUCCUACAACCCAAGGGUGAUGCUGAGACCGGAUACCGUUGGAAAUCAAUCUUCAGUGUUGCCGAUUUAGCAGAUGCUGCUUCACCGCUAUCGAGUGAAAAGGCAUCGGUGGGAAAGCGUGUGAGCGGUGAUGAGGAAAUUGGAUCAAAGCCGACCUCUACCAACGAAACCGAGGGUACCGUUCGUCAAUUACCCUUGUAUGGCCUCAAUCGGCCAUUUUUCCACGCAGAUGUGCAAGAAGCUCUUGAUGCUGUACUGGAGAACGUUGAGCAUCGACCUUCUCUUUUCAAGGCUUAG